AUGAGUGCCAACGGCGAGUACCAGACCUCCUACGACCCUCCCAAGGACCUGCAGGCCCAGGCACAUGUCAAUAGCCUGGAUGAGUACAAGCGCAUGUACGACCAGUCCCUGAAGGACCCUGAGGCGUUCUGGGGCAAGAUUGCCGAGGACUUCUACUGGAAGAAGAAGUGGGAUGUGAUCGAGAAGCACAACAUCGACACCAGCAAGGGCCCGGUCUCCAUCGAGUGGUUCCUGGGCGCGCAGACCAACCUGGCCUACAAUGCCGUGGACAGGCACGUCGAGGCGGGCAUGGGCGACCGUGUCGCCUUCUUCUGGGAGGGAAACGAUGUGGACCAGUCGCGCACCGUGACCUACAAGCAGCUGCAGGACCAGGUGUGCCAGGUGGCCAACUUCCUGCUGUCCAAGGGCGUGAAGAAGGGCUCCGACGUCACCAUCUACCUGCCCAUGAUCCCGGAGCUGCCGGCCACCAUGCUGGCCUGCGCACGCAUCGGCGCGGUGCACUCGGUCGUCUUCGCCGGCUUCUCCGCGGAGUCGUUGGCGGGGCGCAUCGAGGACAGCCGGCCCUCCGUGGUGGUGACCACCUCGGGCGUCAAGCGCGGCGCCAAGCCCAUCGAGCUGAAGAAGAUCGUGGACGAGGCGCUGGCCCUGCCGGGGACGGACUCGGUGACCACGGUGCUGGUGUACGACCACUCCAUCGCGCUGCCGCGCAACAAGGUGGCCUUCACCGAGGGCCGUGAUGUGUGGUGGCAGGACGUGGUGCCCGGGCAGCCCACCGAGGCGCCCAUCGAGUGGGUGGACGCGGAGCACCCCUCCUUCAAGCUCUACACCUCGGGCAGCACGGGUAAGCCCAAGGGCGUGCUGCACACCACCGCCGGCUACAUGGUGGGCGCGGCCACCACCUUCAAGUACGUGUUUGACCACCGCGCCUCCGACGUCUACUGGUGCACCGCCGACUGCGGGUGGAUCACGGGGCACUCGUACGUGACCUACGGCCCGCUCUUCAAUGCGGCCAGCCAGGUGGUGUUCGAGGGUGUGCCCACCUACCCCGACGCCGGGCGCUGCUGGGACAUCGUGGACAAGUACAACGUCAGCCUGUUCUACACCGCGCCCACCGCCAUCCGCAGCCUGAUGGCCGCGGGCGACGAGUUUGUCACGCGCUCCAAGCGCUCCUCCCUCCGCGUGCUGGGCACGGUGGGCGAGCCCAUCAACCCCGAGGCCUGGCGCUGGUACAACGAGGUGGUGGGCGGCGGCCGCGCGGCCAUCGUGGACACCUGGUGGCAGACGGAGACGGGGGCGCACAUGAUCACGCCCCUCCCCGGCGCCAUCCCCGCCAAGCCCGGGUCGGCCACGCUGCCCUUCUUCGGCGUGGAGCCCGCCAUCCUGGACGAGUCGGGGAAGGAGGUGGAGGGCCCCGGCCAGGGCUACCUGGUGGUCAAGCGCUCCUGGCCCUCCAUGCUGCGCACCAUCGCGGGCGACCACGCGCGCUUCGAGCAGACCUACUUCAACGUCUACAAGGGCUACUACUUCACCGGGGACGGCGCGCGCCGCGACGAGGACGGCUACAUCUGGAUCCUGGGGCGCGUGGACGACGUGAUCAACGUGUCGGGGCACCGCAUCGGCACCGCGGAGGUGGAGUCGGCGCUGGUGGGGCACCAUCUGUGCGCCGAAGCGGCGGUGGUGCCCGUGGAGCACGCCAUCAAGGGCCAGGUCAUCUACGCCUUUGUCACCCUCUACGGCGACGCCACCUACCCGCCCCCGGAGGAGACGCGCAAAGCCCUGAUUGCGCAGGUGCGCAAGGCCAUCGGGCCCAUCGCCACCCCCGACGUCAUCCACUGGGCGCCGAGCCUGCCCAAGACGCGGUCCGGCAAGAUCAUGCGCCGCAUCCUGCGCAAGAUCGCGUCCCGGGAGGAGGACCAGCUGGGCGACAUCUCCACCCUGGCGGACCCCAGCGUGGUGGAGACCCUCCUCAGCCUGCGCGGAAAGUAG